AUGAUGAGCCGCAAAUUUUUAGCUUCCUCAACCAAGUCCCUGCUCUUUCAUCAACUUGGCUCAUCUCCUAUUUCGUCAUCAUCAACGUUAAUACGAGCAAUGACUAUCACGAUGCUUCGUAGUGAGCGGAGAGAAUUCUCAUCAUCGAGUCAUCACUUGGAGGAAAAAAAGAGCAAAUCAAUAUGGGGAAAUAUUAUGGAAUUUGUGAAUACAAUCCGACAGGGAAGAAAGAUCAAAAAGGUGGAGGAAGAAAUGAAAAAGAACUAUUCUAAACUUGUAGCAAGUGCAUUAUUAGAGUCUAUUCGAGAACAAAAACGAAUGAAAUCGGAAGUUGACCAACAAUUUGCAGACCUUGCUAAAAAGAUGAAUGAAGAAUUUUCAGACAUUAAGAAAGAAAUGAAUAUCGAAAAAAUUAAAAGUGAAAUGUUUAAGAAACACGGUGGAGAUAUGACAAGGGCUAUGAGAACGGUUAUUGAAGAACAAUACGCAAAGAGUGGUGAAAAGCCAAGUGAAGAAGCCAUUACCAACAUGGAAAAGGAAUUGUAUAAUCUUAUGUCACGAAAUGAUGACAAUUUGAAUUCUUCCACACCCAAUACUCCCUCAACACCGCCACAAACAAGUGCAACAACGACAUCUUCCCCAUCAAAAUUCAAGCAAAUAUUAGAAAAAGAAAAGGCAGAAAAAAAGAAAUAA